AUGGACGAUAUUAACAAUGAUACUAAUAUUAUUGAAGAACAAGAAGACUCUUUAUAUAAUGAAAUACGCGAUUUUUUGCAAAAAGAAUUAAAAGUAGACCCUUUAACUGUAGAAUCAUUAUUCGAUAAUUUAUCAAAUAAAAAAUGCAAAAAAACCUCAUUCUUUACUCCUCCAUUACAAUGGCAAAAAUCAACAGGAAUUAGCACAAUUAAAUCUCAUUUCAAAAAAUAUCACACUGAUAUUUAUAAUAAAGUAGAGUUAGAAAUUAAAAAAACCAAAAUGAUUCAACCUUAUGGAAUAGAUAAUGAAUCAAAAGUUAAGCGUAUUACUUAUCUGCUUAUAAAGUGGAUUAUUUGUAAUCAACAAUCUUUCAUAGUCAUUAAAGAUCCUAGUUUCAUUGAAUUAAUUGAAGAACUUGAUAAAUGUGAUUAUUUAUCCAUAACGCCUCAUUGGAUUAAUGAUAAUUGGAGUGAACAAAAAUUGCUUCUCGAUCUUGUACCUGUUAAAGAUAAUUAUACGAGAUUAAAUAUUUCAAAUGCCGAAAUUUAUAAUCUCCUUAAUCCUGUUUACCAAGCAACCUUAAUGCUCUCAUCAUCAAGUCAUCCAACCUUAGGAGAUCUUCAUUUAAUAUUCACCACGAUUAAAAGAUCUCUUGAAGAAAUUAUCAAUAAUACCGUCGAAGAAACCACACCAAAACUUGUUGCAACAGCCAUGGCAAUUAAACUUGACGAGUAUUGGCAAAAAUUGGAUCAAUUAUUCUUUAUGAUUGCUUCUCUCAAUCCAAACAUUAAGCUUUCAUUAUACGAUACAGAAAAACAACAAAAAGCUUAA